GAUAUUAGAAUUUUAGAUGUUUCCUAUUUCAUAGACAUCUUACGCCUUCUGUGAUUAUUCAUAUUUUGAUCAGCUAGCAUCGAUUUCAAAUCUGAACCAAUAAUAAAUUUUCGUCACUUUCUCCUUAAGUGCCUAAUUAUUCAAUUGGUUCAGGUGCUUGCCUUUUCAAACUGUAUAUUACUAUUGUUCUUGUAUUUUACCGUUUUUAUUGGCUUAUUCUGAAAUAUGGCAUUCCCCUAACUGGACAAUGGUCGCAAUUCAUCGGUGUUAUCUAUCACAUAUCCUCUCUGACUUCCGGUGCGUUGCUCACAGUUAUGAUAACAAGUGCCAAUGUACAAACGCUUUAGCACUGCAAAACAAAUUAUUAAAAAAAUAAUAAUUACGUAUUUCCUUUAGGCAUUGUUUGAUUAAAUUGAUUGACCAAUUCAUUUUGCUUUAACUUGUUAAAAAUACAAUUCAUGUAAAUAUUCCAGAGCGCUAUUUGAGUUUUAUUGAUGUAAAUAAAUAAUGCAAUUCGUAUAAAAAUAUUAUUAGGCAGCGACAAUCUACAUUCAGAGUAAAGAGGAAGAGGUGAUUGUCGCAAACGUAAACGUGUAGACAGAUAAGCGGCUACGUAUAGUUGUCGCGGUGCCAAACGUUGGCGCUCGCGGCUCUUCACUUUCAGUCGAGUGCGUUCCUUAGUGGGAAGUGUAUGGCGCGCGAUGUGCUUGCAUGUUCGGCUGCUCUGCGGUGCGCUCUGGUGGCCGGUGCUGAUGCGCUGCGCACGCGCCGCGCGCACCUAUGACGACGAUUACGACCAGCAACUCAAAGAUGAGCUCGGCGAGGUGGUGGCCGAGUUGGAGGCACUCGACGGGCAGGAGGAAUGCAAGCAGAACAGUAAAGCCAAACAGAUGAGCAUAGGCAGAAAGAAAUUUAAUAUGGAUCCUAAGAAAGGCAUUGAAUACCUUUAUGAAAAUGGGUUAUUACAAAGGACGGCCGAGGACGUGGCCCAGUUUUUACACAAGGGUGAAGGGUUAAGUAAAACGGCGAUAGGGGAUUACCUCGGCGAGCGGUCGGAGUUCAACGAGGCGGUACUCCGGGCCUUUGUGGAACUGCACGACUUCACUGAUUUGAUACUUGUGCAGGCAUUAAGGCAAUUCCUAUGGAGUUUUCGAUUGCCUGGCGAAGCACAAAAGAUCGACCGCAUGAUGGAGAGCUUUGCUCAACGCUACUGCCAACUGAACCCCGACAUAUUUACGAACGCGGACACGUGCUACGUGCUCAGUUUCGCGAUAAUAAUGCUCAACACAUCGCUUCAUAACCCCAGUGUGAAGGACAAGCCCACGCCUGAGCAGUUCGUCGCGAUGAACCGCGGCAUCAACAACGGCGGCGAUCUACCUCAAGAAUUGCUCUUGUCUUUAUACGAGUCGAUAAAGACGGAGCCGUUCAAAAUCCCAGAGGACGACGGUAAUGAUCUCAUGCAUACCUUCUUUAACCCGGAUAAAGAGGGUUGGCUUUGGAAACAGGGGGGCAGAUACAAAUCAUGGAAGAGAAGAUGGUUCAUACUUAACGACAACUGCCUUUAUUACUUCGAGUACACGACAGACAAGGAGCCUCGGGGCAUCAUUCCAUUAGAAAAUAUUUCUGUACGCGCAGCGAGUGAUCGACAGCGGCCGCACUGCCUCGAGUUAUAUGCGAGCGGAGGUGCUGAUCUCAUCAAGGCGUGCAAGACUGACUCUGAAGGGAAAGUCGUAGAGGGCAAGCACACUGUAUACAGAAUGUCUGCAUCGACGGCGGAGGAACGCGACGAAUGGAUCGAAUGUCUUCGGCGUUCUAUCAGUCACAACCCGUUCUACGACAUGUUGGCGCAGCGCAAAAAGAAAGCACAGCACAACCACAGCUCCGCGCACUAGAUAGAAGCCAUAUCACGGGUACACUCUACAAACAAAUCUAUACUCUACUUUUUUAACCUGUCUUAUAGUGUAAUUUUUUUUAUAAAUUAGUUUUUUAGUGUAAAGUAUAACAUUUGCGCCUCCCUUUCAAGGGAAUUGACCUCGAUUCCCGCUAUAUCUAUAUCUUGAUAACCUCUAACUUUUCGGAGCUAUGUGCACUUUAAGAAAUGAAAUAUGACUUGCUUUAACGGUGAAGGAAAACAUCGUAAGGUAACUUGCAUGGUAAUUUCCGCUCUAACGGCCUUCCAAUUCUGAGUGGAGACCUGUGUAUAUGUGUGUAGUGCGCCGGUAAUUUUAAAAUAGAAAAAAAAAUAGAAAUGUGUUUUAAUGACACAAAGAUAUGUACAUGAAGGUUUCUUUUAUUUCUUUUUUUAAAUAUACUUUGCACUAAAACCAUUAUAGGACAGGUAAGAAAAACUUUACUAUGCGAAUCUAUGUACAUAAGGUACAGCACAGUACACCUUACAUAUUCACCUAUCUGCAGUUCGCACGAUCUUAUUUGGCUGGGUUUAAGUUGGUUUACCAAUAUGCCACCAUAUACAAACCUCAGAUUACAAUAUAAUUCCAAUACGGUGUCUCACUCCUGACUUCAGUCCGGCCAACUUGGAUCGCGGUUGCUGAAUAAUACAGAUACAUGAAAACUCGCCCGCAAUUGUAGUCGUUUUUGAGUAUCGAAAUAAGAAAGAAUGCGAUGAAAGGACGGAUCCUACACAUCCUUUAUUUACUUUAGCGACUCUAUUUAGACGAUGUCGACAUUUACAACGAGAUCAUACGAGCCAAACUACUUUUGUUGUUUAUACCGUAGUACUGUAUAAAUACUUAGACGUCAAAGCAAAAUAGACCUUAUGGUCAUAAAUUUAAACUCUUCCGAUUCUCAUUUUACAAAGCUAAUUGAUUCCGCUAAAAGUGCUGACUGUAACAGAAUGAAAGGAAAGAAAAACAAUGUGAAUUAGAUACAUUUUGCUCUUACGUUUAAGUGUUCUCAUACGUGAAAACCUGAAAACGACUACAACAUGCCAAUUUCUUACUAAGGUUUCGGCUAACGGGAUCAGCCAUUUAAACAUGGAAUAUAUAAAGGGCAAUAGUCCUUACAUCUAUGGAGGAGGAGAAUGAUUAUUAUUAUUUAUUAGAAAUACACACUGGUAUAAUCAAUUUGUGAUAUUAAGUUGAUCGCAUAUUACCAGACGUGCGAAUUGAAAUUUUAAUCAGCCACGUGCAAUUAUAUUAUGCUGUAAUGUGCGAUCAGCUUUAAUUGAUUUUAUAAGCACUAUACGAUUAAAUUACUAACAGAUGUAAGUUUAAAGACAGACGGAAAUUCGCGGCAAUAAAGUGUGUACUCCAUUUCGAGCUUUCACUUCACGAAUAUCAAAUCUAUUUGUUACUUGUUUAUACUUGUCUCGAAAUGUAAUACUUUUCAAAAAGUUUUAGUUUUGUUAUAUGUAAAAAAAACAUUAAUUUUUUUUUCGAUUAAAUAUUAUAACAUUUUAAGACAGCUUAGAAGAAACGGUCUAUAGAGUUACGUGGGCCUAUACGUCUCCGGUUUAGUAAUGUCGGGGGCUCUUUAUUUCACACAAUUCUCGAUGUUAAAUGCACUAAAAGAAGCGUUUUAUACAAUCACAAUUUUACACGCUUUUCUUUUUAAGAGCAUGCAACUAUGUAAGAACCUAAAAUACGCUGUAGGUAACUGGACCAGCCACAGUAGCGAUGAAUGUGUAUUUUCUAUUAGAAUAAGUUGUUUUAAAUUGACUAAAGGUGCGAAUAUGAAAUUUACCGUCUAUCUUUUUUCAUAUAUCUGUGCUACUGUGACUUCUUUAAUAACGAAACAUUAAAAUCAUACAGCCUAAAAUAUCAAACUAGGUGAAUAAGUGUAAAAUUAAGUUUAAGCUUUAAGAUUCAAAACACCAAUAUUGUUGAAUCGUAAUAUUAAAAAAAAAACGUGCGAUCAUACGAAGGAUAAAAGCCUUGGUUUUUCUAUAAUCUGAAACAGCAAAGAAAUAGACAAAACGGACAAACUACAGUAAUGUUGUUAUUAUUAUAUCGGUAAAGAGUGUAUGGUUGUUUAUACCUUAAAGAAAAUAAUUAAGAUAUAUGUAAAUAUUAUGUUAUGGGUAUCGGAGUAUCGCGCGUUAUACACAUAUAAAUCAUUAGUAGGGUGAUGUAUUUCUUCAUAAGCAAUAGAACCAAUGGGUAUAAUAGUUAUUGGGGAUUCACUACAAAAACUAUAUAUUGGUAUAGGUUUUGCGUGAUUUUUAAUCAUGGUCAUAAUGUAUCGGGAACAUAACAGUAAUUUCAUUAACUCUCCACCCGGUACCCCCGUAGUACAAGAUUUUUUCGCUCGCAAACGAGAAAUCGUUUUCGAGUAUUGAAUUAUUAGAAAGCCAGAGUAAAAUGAAAUUAACGCACAUGGUUUUAAAGGUUCACAAUUCUACAGAUGGUGUCACUUGCAGAAAGUUUGUAAAAUAAAAAUUAGCAGUAUAGAAUUUGCGACUUUAAAACGAGUGACAUUAAGUUCAUUUUAUUUUGACGGUAUAGUAUAAUGGUACACGAAAGCGCCUUCACAUUAAGGAACGUGAACUAAGGACGUGGAAUGACAGGUUUUACGUAUUGGGUAAGGAUUUAAGGACCUUUACAGACAUCGAAAUAUUCAAGGUGCAGACGUCCAUUUGUGUAGCUUAUCGUUUAAUUGUUACAGAUCAAAUCCGAUUCUAAAUAAAAAUAAAGAUAAAAUAAAGAUUCUUCACUUCAUUUCACUUCAACCACAUGUACAUAGUAAAUAAUUCAAUGAAUUCGCUUCUGUACAACAAGAUGUAACAAUCAUAAACAGAAAUUGACAGCAACUCACUCACUCACUAUAAUCUCGACUAUAAAACCACCGUUAUUACUUAGAAUCAUUAUUUAUAUUGUGUAAAAACAACGGAUGAAAUAAAAACUUCAAUUAGUAAAACAAUAAUGCAUCGGAUUUAAUUUGUUACAAUGUGACGUUACUUGAAUAAAAUUGUGAUAUUUACAACCACGAUACUCAAUAGUGAUUGAAUAUUAGUAGCAAUACAAUACGUUAAUUAAUCAAGAACUUAUCGUCGAUGGUCGUUGUUAAAAUUGUUGUCCAUGUAAAUAACGAAGUAAGACUGAAUUGUGUGUAACAUUCGUCCGAUUAUCGAUUAUUUCGUAAAAAUACUUGUUUUAAAGAUAAAAAGAUGCACCGAACCUUGUUAGGUUCGGUUAAAUAAAUAAUAAUAUACAUUUACAUCAUACAUUUCGUCGUUAUGUUUUUCGGUUCAAUAGAUUCAAGAUGUUUUCUUAGACGUUUAAAUCAAUUUGUUAUGACAAAAUAUAUACUAUGGGUUUUUUUUUUUUUUUUUUAAUAUUUCGGUUACAGUUUUAGUGUAAGUUACUCAAUCCCCUGCUUUUGAUAUUAGAUAAUUAAAAUGCAUUUUUAUUUCACUUUAUGAAAUCAUCGAUAAUAAACGACAUGAUUUACCGCCCUAGUUUGAAAUGAUUUGCACUUUGUUAUUAAAAAAAAUUAUAUGAUUUUUUGGUAAAUUUAUAGGUAGGAUUUUACAAAUUUAUUGAUUGCUUCUUGUUGCUUUGACAAUAAUUUGUUACGAUGGUUUACCGGACGGUCUAACCAUAGGAAUAUAUUAUCAAUUAUACAAUAUAUUAUCCAUUUAGUCGGAAUUUGUAUUCAUUGAAAGUAUUAUGUAAUGUAAAAUAUUUAGUAUAUUUAGUAAAAAGUAGAUUUAUUAUUUUGUAUUAUAGAAAAUUAAUCAGAUGUAAAUAUGGCUUGAGGUUAGAUAGUUUUAUUAAUUAUAUUUAGAUGAAUAUUAUGAUAAGGUACGUUAUUUAUGUUUGGUGUUUACCUAUUGCAAUUUUUCCUAUAUUUAUAACACAAGGGGCCGUUUCAUGAUAAUAUUAUGAUUUAUAAUCUAUAUAACAUAUAUUAUAUAGGGUCACUUUACCGAAGCUAAAUUUUAAAGUUUUAAAAAUAGAGAUACAUAAACUUGACAAAUUUAUUCUAGCAUCAUAAUAUAUACCCAAAACAUAAUGCGAUUAACAAUAUUUUUAAGAUCUAAGUUGGAUCUACGUUAGUUUACUAUGGGUUAUUUCGCGAUGUUUUAUAAUGCUUCAAUAAACAGGCUAUACAACACAAAAAUUAAAACGGUUUCUGUUAUUAGCGCGUUAAAGCGUUAUUUCUAGAUUGAAUUGCAUAGUGAACACGAAUAAGAAAAUCAAAACACGACUUUUUAAAUUACAUCUGUCGAUUCAAACUUUGGCUAUCCUAACAAAUUAGCCCUGCACACAGAGAUAAGUUCAAUUAAACAUUGUUAUGUAUGUAUAUUUGUUUUGGUAGCGCAAUAUAUGCGUGGGUUUACAAAGCUUGCACAAAAGUGGGUUUUACAGAAACCAUAUAUUUUCUAUGUUAAUUGUAAUUGUUGAAUGCGAAUUGUAUGUAGUCAUUUUAAACAAAGCCAAACAACGCGACGCACGUCCGCGGUUGCGUUCAAAAUUACUACCAAUCACAAGACGCGUGGGUUUUGACCAUGCGUUUUGUGAUUGGUUGCGAUUAGUAAAAAUGUCUUAAAAGCUGAUUUCGUCUUAAAAGCUGCGCAAAAGUCAAAAAUCACGUAGGUCUUUUGUGUCGCUUCUAAAAUAUAAUAUAAGUUAUUGCAACAACGUCGAAUGAAUUGGGGUUUUGACGUAGCUUCAGUGUAAGUUGUAAACGAACGUCACAUCAACGUUUACUAAGUCUGCCAUUUUAUAAGAAGGACCAAAUGUCAUCAUUUUUAUAACUCCAUACAAAUUUGACAGAUUUACCAUACGUCAAAGUUCAGUUCGUAAACUCUUCAUAAAACUGGUCCUCUGUCACUUAUAAUCGUAACAUACUCUCACCAAAAAUCUAAACUCAACAUUGACAUUGUAUAAAGAGUUGUGAAAAUUUUUAGUAAUCGAUUUUCGCUGCAGCUAUUAUUUUCACGUCACAAAUUGUGGUUCAGUUUUUUACGAUUAUAAUUAGGAGAUAGGGCCCAUUGCGGUGUGGCAUAACGCAGUCUUUUUUUUAAUGAAUGUGUGUAAAUAGUAACAUAUUAUAGUAUAAAGAAGAAGCAAAUAUUUUAAGAUACGUAGGUAAAGGUGACUUUUUGUAACGCGAUUCAUAAAAAAUACAUGCGACUACGAAUGUUACCUAUAAUAUCUAUUGUGUUUCCUCCGAAAGAAGUACCUUUUGAUAUAUUUAAUAGUUAUGCAGCUGUACCGAAACAUUUUUUCGAAUAAGCAUAAAACUACUUGCUUUAUAAUAGAUUUGUUUAAUAAAUUAUUUAUCUCAUGAAACAUCGUAGGAUCUUUUACAAUCAGUCAAAUCAAAUAUCAAAAGAUAAUAUUGUUAGCUUAAUAAACUCGUCAGAAUAAUCGAUUUUAACACACGGCAAGUAUUAUUGGUAAUCCUAAAGACGCUUUUCGAUUCAUGAUGGUACUAUACUGUUGAAACUGCCAUAAGAUACUUCGUUCGUGAGAAAUACUAUAGGCAUGCUUGACUGAUUCUACGAUCGAAUCCUGUAUCAAUUCCUUUAUUAACAGUAAAUCCGGAUAUUUAAUAUUCGUUCGUACUUCCUGCAAUCCCAGUACAACUGUUUAUGCAUGGGGGGUCAAAAAGUUUAUUACAUUAUUUUCUCAAGCAUUAAUAAUUACGUGUCACAGUGCGUUCGACCUCACAGCAUAAAGAUUGUGCGUUUCAAACGAUAUGAUUAAUAAGCUGACACGAUAUGUAUCGUCAUUAGCAUCUCUUACUGGGAACAAACGGGCUACAACUGGAAAAUGUUUGUGUGAUGAACAUGAUUGUUUUUCAGUGUCUGGGUAUUUAUCUGUACCCAUAACACAAGCUACGCUUACUUUGGGGCUAGAUGGUGAUGUGUGUGUUGUGGUAGUAUAUUUAUUAUUUAUUACAUAGGUUACAAUAGUCAAACGUAACUUACUCGAUCGUCGAAUCUCAAUCUUGUCUAUGCGUAGGUAAAAAAAGUUAACGCGCCACGAAAGCUGAAGCUAGACUAUAAUGAAUGCAUGAAUGAAUGCACACCACAAAAAGAACAUAAAAUAAGAAAAGUAUAACAAAGCAACGUUAAUUUUCAACUUUCGUGGCGUGUGCCACAUAUGUAGGGAAAGGUGCCUAACGAUCUGUAAUUAGUUAAGUUUAGCGUUUAAAGGGGAAGCUGUGUACAUUCGCGUCGGGAGUUUAAUUUAUCUCAAUUGUAAUGAUUUAUAUGACAACGGUUAUGUGCAUAAUAAGGAUGUUGUAAAUAAUUUUGUAUGAAAGAAAAAUACAUUAUUAUCAUUAUUUA